UUUGAUAAGUGAUGUUAGUUGUGUAUUCGUACUUUCAUGUGGACCAAAUUUACACUAUAAAAUCUUUUUGAGCGUAGAAUAAACAAAACAGAUGGUUGGAAAAGUCAAAUGUUGAGGUUAACUUAAAUACACCAUGUUACAUUAAUUUAUUUCAGAAUAACAUGAAUGAAAACAAAGAAACCGUCAUUAUGGAAUUGCAGGAAAACGAGCUCACUGAAAUGAUUAGCAUCAACGUAAUUUGUCGAUUAUGUGCAAACCAGAAUGAUAAACUAAUAGGAAUUUACAGUGAGGAUGGCAUAAAUAACGAUUUAGCUAACAAAAUGAACAUGUAUCUACCGAUCAAAGUAAAUGAGACUGAUGAUUUACCUCUACAGUGCUGUUGGCAGUGUGCCUCAACCGUGUUAGCUUGGCACGAUUUAGUUAUAACAAGUGUGGAGGCUGAUCGAAGAUUGCGGAGUUAUCAGUUUGUUGCAGAAAAACAGUUACACAACGUGCAAGUAAAUUUCCAAGCUGAAGAAAGCUGCCAUUCUUCAGAGAAACAAAACGAGGUUGAACCAGAUCAUGCCAGCCUGAAUGCCUUCUGCCAAGCAGAUAAUGCUCAAAAUGUCAUGGAAGAAAUCAAAGAUUCAAAACGGCCCAUCGAAUCAGAUUUUGUGACAUCCAGUAACGAUAAUCUAAGUGACUUUGCCAACAUUGAACCCCAGUAUUUGCAAUUAAAUAAUGAUCUCUAUGAUAUAAAAAUGGAAGACAAGAACUUGGAGACAAAAGAGAAUAUGGAAUUGCCUCAGAUAUGUCACGGGGCCGACGAUUCAUUAAGUGAUAACAAUGAAAAAGAUUCUCCUGAGGAGAAUCAGACGAUGUAUAAUUUUGGCUGCCAGUACUGCCCGAUGAUGUUUUUAACAGAAGAAGAUAUUAUUAGUCACAUAACGGAAACGCACCCUGACUCCGAUUUUAAAGUGGACGCUCUCAGUCAAGAAGCCCUGCAAAGUCUGAAAAAGAAAAGGAGAAAAAAUAAUAAAAUCGAUCAAGACUUGGUAAACUCGGCUAAAGUUGUAGUCGACGGAAGGAUCUACUACAAUUGCAAGGAAUGCGGGAAGAGCCUCCAUUCACCAUACACUUACGUUUGGCACAUGCGUAUACACACCGGAGAGAGGCCCUACGUCUGCGACUUGUGCGGGAAACAGUUCAGGGUAUCCCAGGGCUUGGUUAGACACCUUAAAGAGACGCACGCACGUAUAAAAAAUUUCGCCUGUGACUUGUGCGGAAGGAUGUUCGCCACCCGUCGCAACGUGGAAGAACAUCGGAGGAUACACACAAACGAACGUCCCUACGUGUGUGAUUUGUGCGGAAAGUCCUUCAAACAAAAAGCUUCUCUAUUCGUACAUAACCGAUCUCACACGGAUACGUUUCCGUUUAAGUGCACGUAUUGCACUCAGGCGUUUCGUACAAAACCACCUUUGCUAAUUCACGUCACAAAACAUACCGGGGAAAAGCCAUACCCUUGCGACGUCUGCGGCCGCUGUUUUAGGAUAAAAUAUGAGUUAAAACGACACAGACUGAUCCACUCCGAUGAGAAGCCUUUUCUGUGCACAACUUGCGGGUUGAGUUUUAGGCAGAAAAGAUAUUUGCGGAACCACAACAAGUUGAACCAUACCGUGCAGUAAUUAAAGUAUUAUGUAUUUAUUAGUUAAUUUGAUAAUGUACACGUACUUUAUUUAUAGUAAAAAUUUAA